GAGGGUGUAGUGCAGUGGCAGAGUGCAUGCACAGGCUCUAGCCCAGCAACCCUUCUACCAAACAAAUAAAAACAAAUUCAAGCAUCAGUCAAGUCAUCAAGUAGUAUUCUGGGCACCGUUUUCACUUCUGUUCUUCACACUAACGUACAGCUACCCAUAGAAGUGUUUACCUUGUGUAGACAGUUAAUGCUUCCUGAUAAGAACCUUGAUUUUUCUUAGGGGAACAGUUUUCUGUUCAACUCAGACCUUAACCAUGGAAGGUUGUUGACGAUUGAAAUAGUUGUUAUGAAUAAAUAUUUACUAAGAGUUACUAGGUAUGAGGGAAAUCCUGAAUAGAGAAACAUCAUUUGUAAAAUGCCUUCUGUAUGCUAAAUGUUGUGCUAGUAAUUUCAUUGAAUGCCCAUUAAAUUUAUUUAAUAGAUAGGGAUGUUCCUUGACGGAGGGUAAUCUUAUCCUGUUGAGGCCUUUAACGUUUGGUGUAAAUAACUAAUGCAUUCUAAUCUUUGCGUCUCCUUUCUGAGAGCGUUGGUCCUUAAUCUAGUUGGUUAGAUUCCCGUUUCCAUAGAAACAAAAGGUCAUGUUAGAGUGUAGGGAAACCGGAAGUUCGGGUUCCUCUUCCGGUUCUUACCGGAAGUGGUAUCAAGGCUUCCGCACAUGGAUACCGCUGGAGAACAUGCCACUGGUCGUGUUUUGCGGGCUGCCGUCCAGCGGCAAGAGCCGGCGUACGGAAGAAUUACGUCGGGCGCUGACCGGCGAAGGACGUGCGGUGUAUGUGGUGGACGAUGCUUCGGUGCUGGGCGCGCAGGAUUCGACUGUGUACGGCGACUCUGCGGGUGAGAAGGCGCUACGUGCUGCGCUGCGGGCCGCGGUAGAGCGGCGCCUGAGCCGGCAGGACGUGGUCAUCCUAGACUCCAUGAACUACAUCAAGGGGUUCCGCUACGAGUUGUACUGCCUUGCGCGAGCCGUGCGCACGCCGCUCUGCUUAGUUUACUGCAUAAGGCCGAGCUGGCCAAGCCGCGGGCUUCCGGUGCCUGGCGCCUCCGAGAGCUCGGACCCGGCUGUCAGUGUGAGCUGGAGGCCGCGCGCGGACUACGGCGAGAAGACUCAGGCGGUCGGCGCUGUAGAGCAGCGCGCCACCAGCCCCUUAGCAAAUGGGGGAGUCCCGGCCGCUGUCCCCAAGGAACUGGAUCCAGAGGAAAUCCUGCCAUCAAAUCCUCCAGCUGUAAUGACUCCGGAAUCCGAGAAAUCUGCAGAGCCUGCGCCAUGUGCCUUUCCUCCCGAAAUUUUGGAGUCCUUAGCGCUGCGCUUUGAAGCUCCGGACUCUCGGAACCGCUGGGAUCGACCCCUGUUCACCGUGGUGGGUUUAGAAGAGCCAUUGCCCCUGGCUGAGAUCCGGUCUGCACUGUUCGAGAAUCGGGCUCCCCCACCCCAUCAGUCUACACAGUCCCAGCCCCUAGCCUCUGGCAGCUUUCUACACCAGUUGGAUCAGGCCACGAGCCAGGUGUUGACUGCUGUGAUGGAAGCACAGAAGAGCGCUGUACCCGGAGACUUACUAACGCUUCCUGGCACCACGGAGCACCUCCGAUUUACCCGUCCCUUGACCUUGGCAGAAUUGAGUCGCCUCCGUCGCCAGUUUAUUUCCUACACUAAAAUGCAUCCCAACAAUGAGAACCUGCCUCAAUUGGCCAACAUGUUUCUUCAGUAUCUGAACCAGAGUUUACACUAAUGGGUUAGUGGUCUACAGCGGUGGCUCUUGUCUGAAUUCCCCUGUACUUUGGCUAGGAAAAAUAGUCCGAAGGUCUGCGAAGCGCACUGUAGUACUGAGAUUGCUAAGUUUGACUCAUUUUCUUAACUGCCUCUGCCAUACCCUGAGUGUGCUGCAUAAGCUGAAGCAUUGAGCACCAGCUCCAAAAAUACCAGGUGGCUUCGGUUGGAAUCUACUUGGGGAUUCUUCAUACACUGUUUUCCUUCCAUCGGGAAGGAGAAUUGUUAAGUCAACUUGGCUUGCCGCUGAUGGUGAUCAUCCACAAGUCUUGGUGUGGAGCCUGCAAAGCUUUAAAACCCAAAUUUGCAGAAUCUACAGAAAUUUCAGAACUGUCCCAUAAUUUC